AUGCCUUUCCAACUCUUCAACUACCCUGGCCAAGGCGUGGCCUCCUCUGACUUCGGUUACUACUUACAAGCUGUUGAAGUCGGCGACAUUGUCAAACUAUUUGGCCAGGGUGGCUGGAACGAGACCGGCGAGAUUCCUUGCGUCUUCGAGCAAGAGCUUGAGACCACCUACGACAACAUCUUAAGAGCACUACAAUCAGCCAACUCUGAGCUUUCAUUUGACGACGUCUACUUUGAGCCACUGGUGCAGGUUUCAAAGCGCCGUUUCCCGAAUCAUCGGCCUACGUGGACGGCCGUCGAGGUUUCGAAGCUGGCAUUAGACACUGUGCAUAUUGAGGUUGAGAUUGAGGCAGUAUUGCUUGAGAAGAAUGGACCUAGAACAGGGAAUAACUAG